AUUUUCAUUAAAUGUCAUUCGCCGAUAGUUCAAAGGUUUUUACAUUGUUUUAAUUUUUUGUGGAUUGAAUAGUAAUUUUAUUGUUUCAAUGUGAGGUUCUAAAUGAACAUUAAUUAACCUAUUAAUGUUUUACCACGGUUUAUACAAUACAAUAUUUUGUAAUAUUUAGAUGCACAAAAUAAUAAUAUAAUUCAAUAUUUGCCAGUAUUUACGUCUCGAACUCAAAACAUGAGCGCAAUUAAUAGGAAGAACAAUAGAGCACAAAGUGUCCAAGGUGAAAAUAUUCAAGAUCCGUCCAUUUCAUCAACAGUUAUGAACAAAACACCAAGAGUGUUGUAUAGGCGAAGUGACUGUAUUGGAUUGUUUGAUCCUAUUCCAAAUUCCCACAAUACUGUAUCAAAAUCGCCAGGUUUAUCAACAUCCACAGCUUUAAUUCUUGUGCUCAUUAUAUUUUUGUCUUCCCUGUUAACAUUGGGCUUUAUUUAUAGACAGUUUCCUGAUUUAGAUGACCAGGAAAAACAGCAUAUAAAGUUACCAUGGGAUCUGGAAGAGGCCAAACAACUUGGUCUUGUUUUGGAUAGAUACAAAGACAAGUACUUUUAUGAAGUUUUAUUGGGAGUAGUCUUAGUGUACAUAUUUUUGCAAACAUUUGCCAUUCCAGGGUCAAUAUUCCUCAGUAUUCUUUCGGGAUUUCUAUUCCCAUUUUAUUUAGCACUAAUUUUGGUUUGUUGCUGUUCUGCAAUUGGAGCAAGUUUAUGUUUCUUUUUAUCCAACUUACUUGGGAAGAGAUUGGUGAAGAAAUUUUUUCCAGAAAGAGCAGCACAGUGGUCAAAAGCUGUUGAGAAACAUAGAAACAACUUGCUCAAUUAUAUAAUAUUUUUGAGGGUGACUCCAUUUUUGCCUAAUUGGUUUAUAAAUAUGUCCGCACCAGUCAUCGGUGUACCUCUCGUGCCAUUUGCAGUAGGAACCUUUAUUGGUAUUGCCCCACCUUCCUUUGUGGCCAUACAAGCAGGGCAGACUUUACAUACAUUGACUUCAACAAGGGACGCAUGGUCGUGGACUUCCAUAACAGUCCUAAGUUUGUUUGCCCUAGUCUCCUUAGUACCUGUAUUAUUGAAGCAAAAACUAAAAGCAAAGUUUGAAUAACUAUUUAUGAUUUUUAGUUAAUUUAUUUUAGACAAAUUAAUAUAAAUGGGUUUGAUUAAAUGUUUUUACAUUCCAUGUGGAGUGUGUUGUUUGAGGCAA